AUGUACAAAUACUAUCAUCCUUGCUUAUCAAGUGGUAAAUUGGCAGUGUUGCCAUGGCAGGCGAAACUGCUACUAUUUUGUGGAAAUUGGCCAAUUGCUGCGGAUGCUACAUGGCGGACUCUUAUUUUCGUAAAUCUGUUAAUUAUCAACAACAUUGUGACCGGUUGCUUUAUUGGCGAAACAGAGCUAAAUUUCAUUUUCCAGAAUCGCGGGGAUAUCAGCUUACAACUGGAGAGUGCAACAACCUUUCUAAUACUGGUUGAGACUUAUUUGCGUAUGUAUUACUUAGCAUAUACACGUAAUCACUUUCGUGAAGUAUUGACCGAUUUCUAUAGGACCAUCUAUGUAGAGAAAGCUGUGAAUCCAAUAUUAUACCAAGAAAUACAACGUAGGCGAAUACCAACACAAGUUAGCACAAGUUUUUAUUUUCUUACGAUGUUAUCAUUCACAGCUGUACCUUUCGUUGGCUUAUUAUCUGGACAGCAUUUAUUGCCAUACAAAAUGUUGCCCCAUUUUGACUACACUCAAUGGAAUCUAUACCUACUCUGUCUAUAUUUUACCACACAUGUAGCGUUUUGUGUUAUUUUUCAACUUGUGAGUGAAUCCAAUAUUUUGGCUUUAUUAAUUUUAAAUCUAAACGGACAGUAUAUGUUGCUACAAGCGAAGUUGGAGACGCUCUAUUUGGAACUCGAAUAUCGAACUAAUUUCGAAAUUGCUAUAUAUGAAUUUCGAAAUGGAUUAAGAGAUAUAAUCAAACGAAAUCAAGAGCUUAAUCAUUUUGCUGUUAAAUUGCAACAACAGUACACAAUACCAAUAUUUAUCAUGAUGGGUUUUAGUGCCGUCAUAUUAUGUACUUUAGUUUUUAUGGCAGCGACGAUCGGUAUGAGUACAAAAAAUAUAUCAUAUAUAAGUUGGAUAAUUGCGAAAGUUAUAGAACUUAUUAUAUUUGGUCAACUUGGCUCUACGCUCUUACAUACGACUAACCAAAUGGCUACGGCCUAUUAUACUUGCAAUUGGGAAGAAGUUAUAUUCCGAUCUACUAAUGCUAAUGAAAAUAUAAAGCUUAUGAAACUGAUUGCUAUUGCCAUUAAUUUGAAUCAGAGACCAAUAUCUUUAAAUGGCUUAUUCUUCGAAGUCAGCUUAGAAACUGUUGUAAAGAUUCUACGAGCUUCCGCCUCUUAUUUUACUUGCUUGUAUGCUGUACGUUGA